AGAGGCGCGUCAUCGUCCCUGUGGGAGGGGUGCUGCUGUCUCUUCCUGUCAGUCAGCAGGUGAGACACACCUGAGCAGCUGGACGGAGUGGAGCACAGUCCACAGCUUAAACUCUCCGUUUUUCUCCUUCUAAACUCGGACUGAAGUGACAGCGCAGCGGCCAGACGCGGUAAAGUGUUUCUUCUCACCUGAAAAUGCCUUCAUCCUCCUCUUCCUCCCCCCUGCGGCCUCUCCUGCUGCCCUGCCUUCCCCUCCUUCUUGUCCUCCUCCUCCACCUGCGGCCCGGCGGAGCGGCGACGGACUGCAGCGCCUCUUUCCGCUCCGGUCAGGGCGACUUUGUUCUGGACACCGAGGACGCGGUGAAGGAGGGAGCGGCUCCGUUGGCCACCGCGCAUGUGCAGACGGCGGAGGAGUGUCGGAGCGCGUGCUGCGGUGACCUGCGCUGCAACCUCGCGUUGCUUGAACCGCGCGGCUCGAAGGCGAACCUCACAUGCGUCCUGUUCAGCUGCAUCCACAGGAACCGCUUCGUGUGCAGGUUCGUGAAUCAGGAGGGAUACCAGAGCUACAUCCGGGAGACCGUGUUCCAGAAACACCUGGCGGGGCCACAGGGGCAAGAUGAGCCGUCUUCGCCCAUCGCCAUCGCAGGCCGUGAUGUCAUUGUUCAGCCCAGCGUGACGGUGAUCCUCAACGGCAUUGAGAGUCAGGCGAUGAACGACGCCAAAAUCACCAAGUACAGCUGGAGUCUGCAGAGCGGAAACAGUGACGUAAAGAUGGAGAAGACGGAUCUACCUGACCAGGUGAAGCUCUCCAACCUGCAGCCGGGUCUUUACGAGUUCCAGCUGACCGUCACCGACUCCGACGGCCAAUCGGAUGACGCCAAGGUUAAGGUCGUGGUCCUCAGCCCGGAGAUGUCCAACUUGUUCUGUUGGGCUCCGAUGAAGGUCGGACCGUGUCGAGCUGCGUUUCCUCGCUGGAGGUACAACACUACAAAAGGCAGCUGUGAGACGUUUGUGUUUGGAGGCUGUAAACCCAACAAAAACAAUUACCUGUCCAAAGAGGAGUGUUUGUCUGCCUGCAGUGGAGUCACAGCGAUGACAGAGAGGAGUGUCACUGCGCUUGCUAGAGAGGAGUGUGGCUCAACGUGCCGUCCCGACCAGCUGGUCUGUGACAACGGCUGCUGUCUGGACAGACGUCUGGAGUGUGACGGCGUGAAGCAGUGCAGCGACGGAUCGGACGAGGAUCACUGCAGCAAACUGAAUCAGACGUUCAACCGCCUGCUGGACAUCGACGUGAACCAAAGGAAAGCUCUGUGCACGGAGCCGCCCCGCACCGGUCCGUGUCGGGCGAGUCACACCCGCUGGUACUACAACCCUCUGUACAAGAAGUGCUACACCUUCACCUACGGCGGCUGUGACGGCAACAAAAACAACUUCGAAGAUGAGCAAAAGUGCAGCGAGAUGUGCGAAGGAGUGAACGGUACUCAAGACACGAGACAAACUUUCGAUAUGUUAACCCCGUAUAUCCCCACAUGCAGCCUUAGAUCCUCAGGUGGGUCCUUCCUGAUUGUUCCAAAGUCGAGGCUCAAAUCCAAAGGUGACCGAGCCUUUUCGGUGAGGGCCCCUCGGUUUUGGAACGACCUACCUGAGAAAAUAAGGCAUGCAGACUCAGUAUCUUCUUUUAAAUCACUUCUUUGUCCAACACAGUUCCAUUUAAUGCCAUGUAAUACCUUGUAAUACUAAGUAAUGUCCUUUAUUACCACAUCGUAACCUUUAGUACCAGGUAGUGCCCUUUAACACUACAUUAUGCCCUGUAAUACCACGUAGUACCCUUUUAAUGCAGGUAGUACCCUUUAACUCUACAUUAUAUCCCUUUAAUACCACGUAGUACUAUUUAAUUUACCUUUAAAUACCACACAUAACCUGUUAUUCUCACGUAAUUUUCUUUAUUACCACGCAGUACCCUUUAACGUAUCACUAAUAAAUACUACUUCAUACCACUUAAUUCCAUACAACACCCUUUAAUACUACAGUAUACCAUUGAAUGCUGUGUAUUACCUUUAAAUACCACACAUGACCCUUUAUUACUAUGUAAUAUGUUUAAUUAUCAUGUAGUAUCCUUUUUAUACCAUGUAUUACCUUUUAAUACCACAAAGUACCAUUUAAUACUAUUACCUUUAAUGCCAUGUUGCGCCAUUUAUUAUAGUGUAGGAUGCAUUAUUGUCACAUACUAUCAUUUAGUACAAUGUGGGAUUAUUUGUUUCCAUGACACCCUUUAAUGGUGUGUGGGGUCAUUUAUACCAUGUAGUACCUUUUUAAUAGCGUGUAGCACCUUUUAAUACCACAUAGUGUCCUUUGUUUAAUUCUGUUUAGUGCCAUUUCAUACCAUUUAGUACCCUUUAUUGCCAUCUAGUAUCACUGGAUACAGUCUGGUUCCAUAUAGUUUCAAAUGGUCUUUAUUGACGGUCAGCAGUUUAGUUGAGAAACUGUGUACACUUGACACUUGU